AUGGUACGAAAACAACUUCCUCGUGGUGAAACUAGUAUUCCAAGGGGCGUUGUUUGUUUCGUAUGUCUGAAAAUAUCGUUAUUAAUGCAAAAAUAUCUUGAUAGGGUAUAUGUUUAUAUGAUACGACCAUAUAGUUCUAUCAAGAAGACUGGUCGUACAAUAUCCUCUCGAACAAGAAAUUUAAUAUAUUGUAUCACUAAAUUUAAUCAUAUUGCUACAGAUCUUAAACAGCCAAUCUCCGAACCAUACUUUUGCUCUAUAUUUGGUCGCACAAGAAAUUCGACAGUUCUCGGAAAAGCCGCCAACAAUUUUUUGAAUUCUCAAAAUCGGAAAAUUCGUUCUGAAACCACAACCGUUACCCAAUGCAGUGAAUCACAAACACCCACACCCACCCCCACCCCCGCUCGCAAACAUCACGAUAAUCACCAUCACCAUCAUCACCAUAAUCACAAAUGUAACCAUCAUAAACCAACGAAAACUGUAACUAUUACACCAACCGUUACAGUUUGCCCAGACUGCUGUGAACGUGGUGGUACUGGAUUCCAGAAUCGGGUUAGACCUGGUGGUAAUUCAGUCCUUACAAAUGAUACAACACCGGAAGGUUGUUGUAGAUCAUGUUUGGCUGAUCCAGGUUGCGCACAAUGGGCAUUUGCAAUAGGUAGUGUUUGUUCACACAAUACGGGAGCCAAUACGUGUGUUUCGCCAUCUUUGGUUACUUUCAAUGAUAGUGGCAUUAUUCGUUGCACUGGUGAGGGUUGCUUAGCUGGUGAAGCUGUUCAAUUAACUCAAAUUAAUAGUGAUGCAGAUACAGGAACAUUCCCUAUUCAAGACUAA